CAAUCACAGAGCAUAGUUAACACCCAUCAGUACAGAUAGGAAAAAAGAACGUCCGAUACCUGUCAUAUCAGAGUGGGAGCCCAAGAAAACCACAACAUGGAUGAGCACCAGUUUCGUUGCCCCGUCUGUCUGGAUCUCUUCAUCGACCCAGUGUCGACUCCAUGCGGCCACAACUUCUGCAAGGCCUGCUUGAAGAAGCACUGGGACACCACAGACGUGUGUCGCUGCCCCCUCUGCAAGGAGAUGUUCUACGACAGACCUGAGCUACGGGUCAACACCUCCUUCAGAGAGAUGGUGGAUCACUAUAAAAGCACGACUUUAAGCUCAGUGACCAGUGUUGAAAGCUGCAAGGCCAAACCUGGUGAAGUAGCAUGUGAUGUCUGCACAGGUGUGAAGAUGAAAGCCACCAAGUCCUGCUUGGUGUGCAUGGCGUCUUACUGUGAGAUCCAUCUGGAGCCUCACAAGACAGCAGCUGCUCUGAGUAAACACAAGCUCAUCGAACCGGUUAAGAACCUAGAAACCAGAAUAUGCCAGAAGCAUGAGAAGAUCUUGGAGUUGUACUGCAAGAAGGAGGAAACGUUCAUCUGUCAGCUCUGUGCUGAGACCGAUCACAGCCGGCACCAAGUGGUUACGUCAGAGGUGGCAUCGCAGCAGAAAAUGAUCCAGAUUAAGAGGAGGGAGAGGGAAGUGGAGCUGAUGAUACAGGAUCGACACAAGAGGAUUGAAGGAAUCAAACACUCAAGGAAAGAAACCAAAGAGAAUGCUCAGAAACAAAUGGAGGCAAGUGUUCAGGUGUUCACGGCUGUGAUUGAGGCCAUCAAUAAGACCCAUGAAGAUCUGAUAGAGGAGAUUGAGGAAAGGCAUGACGCUGAGCAGAGACGGUUUGAAAGGCUGAUCAACGAACUGAUGCAGGAGAUUGAUAAACUGGAGAAAAAAAGCAUUGAACUACAGCAGCUGUCACAGAUUGAAGACCACAUCACCCUGCUGCAGGCUUUUAAUCAAGCCUACACUCUACCAACAACUCAAAACUGGCAGAAGAUUCCUGUUUACGAAAUUGAUUUUCUGGGUUAUGUGCAAACGUCUUUGAGGAAUGCACAACAGUUCCUCAACAUGGAGAUUAGGAAGCAGGAAUCCAUUGAGCUCCAGAAAAUGAAGAAAUUUGCAGACGACAUCACCAUUGACCCCAACUCGGCAGGAUCCUGGCUCACUGUCUCUGAAGACGGGAAAGAAGUCAGGCAGUCUCAAAAAAAAUACAAACUUCUAGCUAUCGCAUUAAGGUCAGGAGAAAGCACAUUUGCUGCUGCAUCUCAAGGUCUCACCACAGGCAGACACUACUGGGAGGUAGGGGUGAAGGAGAAAUCCAACUGGGCACUGGGAGUUGCAUCUGGCACUUUCAUAAAGGGAGAACCAGUCACUCCCUGCCCAAAAAAUGGCAUGUGGGGUAUAGGUCACCAGGAUGGAGAGCAGUACUUUGCAUUGAUGGAAGACCAAUUUCCUUUGAUGUUCUCAUCUCGUCCUCAGAGGGUGGGUGUGUUUGUGGAUUAUGAAGAAGGAGAGGUGUCGUUUUUUAACAUAGAGGCCAAAUCCUGCAUCUACACCUUCACAAAGUGCAACUUCCCAGACAAGGUUUACCCUGUUUUUGAUCCUUGUCUGGCUGCAGAGAAAAAAGAAGUGGCUCCUUUGAAGCUUAUGAUUGUUGAGAUUACUAAAUAAAAAAUAGAGAAUAAACAAAAUAGAAAUAAAAAGCGUGACUGCUGUCAAGUUUCUUGGAGUAAUAAUUGAUUAAUUAAAUUAGAAACCACAUAUAAGCUACAUCAAAACAAAGAAAUCCAAAUCAAUUGCAAUAUUACUCUGAACCAAAAAUCUCAUCAAUUCAACUUCAUUACAUACUUUGUACUGUUUCAUACUCCCAUACCGGACUUAUUGUGUGGAAGUUUUGGGGACUGAAUACAAAACAAGUGAAUUUCUCCACUGUGAGAUUAAUAAAGUCUAAUCUAAUCUAAUCUAAUCUGAUCUGAUCUAAUCUAAUCUAAUCUAAUCUAAUCUAAUCUAAUCUAUAUAACCAAUAUAUAUCAUCCAGAAAAGAGCAAUCAGAAUUGUAUGUAAUGCUCAGUACAGACAACCCACAAACCAACUCUUCGUCAACCUGAAAGCUCACAUUUCACAGAUCUAGUCGAGUUUAAAAUAAUACAAUUCAUGCACUCAGUGAUUCUCAGUAUGCAGGGGCUGUUUCGGAUGAGGGAAAGUACACAUGCACCAUGAGGUACACGCAUGCUAAAAACAUAUAUGGUAAGAACCAAAACAACAUAUCAUUGCAUCACAAGUAUAGGAGUUAAUUUAGGGAACAACUGAAGCGAUGAUAUGAAAUCAUGCCAAAAUCUUAUUAAAUUUCAAAGUAUUAAAAAACACACUGUGUGUGUGUGUAAUAUAAGAUUUUUUUUAAAUACUUUUAAAUUUGAUAAGAUUUUGGCAAUAUCAUAUAUAUAUAUGAUAUUCAGAGCAAUAUGAGCUUCAUGAGUAGACUGCAAAUGAGUAUUUUCGUUAAGUGUAAGACCCUCUAUUGGUGUGUUAUGUUUUAAAAAGGGGCAGGUAUUGUAAGUUGUUCGUCUUCCUGCUCCUAUUCAAGCAUGGUGGUGCAUCAUUUGUUUUGUUCAGUUUUAUAUUGCUUGUGCAUAGCCAUGUGAGAAAUACACUGUCAGAACAAAAGAAAAAGCUGUUAGAACGAGCAGAAUCACGUUGCCAUGAUAUUUCCAUGAUUAAUUCCAUCACACAUUGCAGGUAAAACAUAUCUUCUAUGGCAUUCAUUGUUUGUUAUGCAACAGGGAUGGGUCCAUUAUGUGCUCACCAUUAUUUUUUCUUUCUUUCAUUCAUUUUUAUGUUUUUCACUCAUGUUGAUCCAUAAAAUUUCCUCCAUAAACUGUUUUACUGGAUACUAAUUCUAUCAAGUUAAGUGUUCAGCUCUCACUGAUUCUGCCUUAGUGAAUGACUGCAUAUAUGAAGCAAUUCACAUAUUUAUAAAUGCUUGUAAAUAUGCUUGUGAAGCUACUGAUUAGUUAGCUUAACUUAAAGACUUCAGAAAGAGCUAAACAGAAGCAAACUGAAUAUUGUGUUGCAAAUUUGAUCUAAUGUACUACAAGAGCUAAACUGAGAAAUUGGGAUAUGACUGUUACAUUUAGUAGUUGCAGUGGAGAAACAAGGAGACCAUUGCACAUCACAUUACACUCAUAAAAUGGUGAAUUACUGUUGGGCUGUGGAUAAUGUUCCCAAAUCAUCUACAACUGCAUGCACAAAUCUUUUAGCCGUGUUCUGGUUCUACUUUACACAUAGUUCACAUAGUUAUGUAGCACUUACUAUAUUUCCACUUAAGUGCGGCUCAUUAUUGUGUACAAUAUAUUGAUGAGCAUAUCAGGGUAAUGCAGGGGUUCAGUGGUCCAAAACUCUUCCAUAUGUGGCGGGAGUAAAGACUGAUUAAUAUCUGCCAAAUCAAGAAGACUCCAGCACCGGUGAACAUUAAGGGAAUGGGCAUUGAGAAGGUGACAUCUUACAAGUACCUGAGUGUUCACCUGAACAACAUGAUGGACUGGACAGACAACACCAACACCCUGUACAAGAAAGGACAGCGUCAGCUGUAUCUCCUAAGAAGUCUCAGGUCUUUUGGAGUGCAGGGGACACUGCUGAGAUCCUUUUUUGACUCUGUGGUGGCAUCAGCCAUCUGUUAUGGUGUGAUCUUCUGGGGCAGCAGCAUCUUGACUGCUGACAGGAAGAACAAACUGGUUAAGAAGGCCAGCUCUGUCCUGGGAUGCCCUCACAAUCUGGUGGAGGUAGUGACGGGGAAGAGAAUGAUGGCUAAGCCUUCGUAUGGAGAUGGAGAAAAUGUUCCACCCCAUGCAGGCCUUUUUAACAACACAGAGCAGCUCCUUCAGUGACAGGCUGCUUCACCUGUGGUGUGUGAAGAAGAGAUACCGCAGGUCUUUCCUACCUCUUGCAGUCAGAUCUGCACGGCUCCCAGUAGCCACACAGCCACGACAGAGAACUAAUAAAGCACAUAUAUAAAACUUAUAUAUAUAUAAACUUCUAUAUAGAUAUUAUAUAGACCUUUUAUGUAGUUUUUGUUCUGUACAGUUUGUAUCUCUGUAAUGCUGUUUUUGUAAUGGUUUUGCACCUUUGCUGCUGUAGAACCAAAAUUUCCCCACUGUGGGACAAAUAAAGGAUCUUAUCUUAUCUUAUCUUAACUUAUCUUAACUUAACUUAACUUAACUUAACUUAACUUAACUUAACUUAAGAUGGCCACUCUUUUGACUGUUGACUGUUUUUAUCCAUGUAUGUAAAACAUAAUAAAAACAUG